GCGCGGCGCCCAAUAGGAGCGCAGUGCUCCGCGGCGCGGACCAAUGGGCGCGCACGAGGCGGGCGGCCAUGACAGUGGGCGGGCCGGGGCGGCUCCUCCCGGCUGGUGGCGGCGAAGAUGGCAGAUUUCCUGAAGGGUCUCCCAGUGUACAACAAGAGCAACUUCAGCAGGUUCCAUGCGGAUUCCGUCUGCAAGGCCUCCAACCGCCGGCCCUCGGUGUAUUUGCCCACCAGAGAAUUCCCCUCGGAACAGAUAAUUGUGACAGAGAAGACAAACAUCCUCCUGCGCUACCUCCACCAGCAGUGGGACAAAAAGAAUGCGGCCAAGAAGCGCGAGCAGGAGCAGGCCGAGCUGGAGGGCGAGAACUCGGCGCCGCCGCGCAAGAUCGCCCGGACCGGCAGCCAGGACAUGACCGAGGACACUUAAAAUCCUGGGAUUCGGGAAUUCCCAAGGCUCUUCCCGCUUUGUUCACCGCCCACGCCCCCCCCCGCCCCGACCCGCUGGGAAUUCCCAGGAUCCGCCCUAUUUAUUUGGGAUUUGCCUCGUGCCCGGUUUUUGGUUUGUAUUUAUGGGGUUUUUAUGGAGAGGAAGGAUUGUUUGUCCUUAGGGGCCCUAAUUCCCAAAAUUCCCCCUUUUUCCUGGGAUAUCCCAGAAUUCCUAAUUCCCAAAAUUCCCCCUUUUUCCUGGGAUAUCCCAGAAUUCCUAAUUCCCAAAAUCCCCCUUUUUCCUGAGGUUCCUGGGAUUUGCUCCUGACGUCUCCCAGAAGAGCUCAUUCCCAAAAAUCCACUUCUCCUGGGAUCUAUUCCCUUCCCAAAAUCCCCUUUUUCCUGGGAUUCCUUGGAUCUGCUCCUUGUGAAAUUCCAGAACAACUCUUUUUUAAAAUUCCACUUUUUUUGGGGGAUUCUUGGGGUCUCCUCCCUGUGAUACUCCAGAAUUCCUCAUUCCCAAAAAUCCACUUUUUCUGGGAUCUCCUCCCUUCCCAAAACUCACCUUUUCCCAGGAUUCCCCACAUCCCCUCCCUGCAAAAUUCCAGGAUUUUUUUCCCCUUCACUUCCCCCUUGAGAAAUUCCCAGGAAUCCUUUGGAUAUUCCCAACCUUUCCCGUUUUUGAGGCCUUUCCCAUUUUUCCAGAAAAUUCCCAACCCCUUCCCGGGCUCCGAUCAUGGCUGGAGCCAAUCCCUGGGAAUUUGGAUCCCGGGAUUUUUUUGGGGCUGGAUCCACGGCAUUUUUUCCACCUCCCUUUGGAAAAUCCGGGAGCUUUGAUCCUUAAAUCCCGAUUUUUUCCUGGGAAUCACUGGAUCCUCUCCGAGGGAUCGCUCAGAAUUCCCAGGACUGGGAGCGGCCCCGGAUCUGAGAGAAGCCUGCCUGCAAUUUGGGAAUCCAUGAUGGGAUUUGGGAUCUGGGCUGGAAGAAUCCAGGAUGGAAUUUGAGAAUCCAGGCUGGAAUUCCAGAAUCCAGGAUGGAAUUUCAGGAAUCCAAGCUGGAAGAAUCCAGGAUGGAAUUCCAGGAAUGCAGAGCCCAUCCCCCUCUCCCCAAAUCCUCGGGAUUGAGACAAUUCCCAGCCGCCUUUCCAGGACCAUCCAGAGGCUCAGGAUCCGUGGAGAACCUCGGGAAAGGACGAGAUGAUCCCAAAAUUCCAGCUGCUUUUCCAUGAGGAGCUGACUCCUGCAGGAAUCCCGGAAUUCGGGCCCUUCUCCCUCCCCUUGCUGGGAAACCCGCAGGGAUUUUUCCAGGAGAUUCCCAGAAUCGAUUCCCUGGCUCUGGGAGGGUUCCUGCCGCCCUUUUCCCGGAAAAUCCCAGAUCCACCUUCGGAAUUCCGGGCUGGGAAGGGCCGAAACUCCCCCAGGAGCUCGGGAGGAGCAGGAGCAGGACACGGCUCCGGUCAGAAUUCCCGGAAUUUGGGACUGGAAUUCAAUCCAGAACUUUGGCUCUGCCUCCGUUUUUCCCAAUUUUUUUUUUUUUUUGUUUGUUUUGUUUUGUUUGGUUGGUUUUUUUAUGGAAGCCACUUUGGAAUUCCUGGAAUGCGGUGUUGGGGGGGUGGGGGUGGGGGGAAGGACAAGCGGAAUUCCCGGGAUUUUGGUUGGGUUUGGGAUUUCCAGCUGGAGAACUGCGGGAGGAGCCGGAUUUGAGGACUCUCCGGGAGGAAUUCCGGGGUUUCCAGGAGAGGAGGGCGGAUCCCGGGGUUCCCGAGGCUGGGGAAUGUUGUUCCAUUAAAGAGUUGGCACUUCCUGCUGGAAUUCCCACUUUUUUUCCCCUAGGAAAAGGGGGGUGGGAGCCUCGGGAAUGAGGAUUUAUCCUGGGAAAAACAGGGAUGGGGAAUUCCGGGGGAAAAGGUUGGGAUUGGCCGGAAGGUCCAGAUCCCGUUGGGAUUUGGGAUCCUUGGAUUUGGGGUUCUCAUCCCCUUCCUGGAUUUGGGAUCUCUGAAUUUGGGAUUCUCAUCCAUGGAUUUCUUUGGGAUCCCUGCAGUGAGUCCUGUCCUCAUCCCAUCCCAAAUUCCCAAAAUCCCUGGAUUUGGGGUUCUCCUCCCAUCCCUGCAUUUGGGAUCCCCCUUCCCCCUCUCCUCCAGGUCAUUCCCAGCUUUCCCUGCAAUUCCAGGAGCUCUUCCUCCCCUUCCCUUGAUCCCAUUCAGGAAGUCUUCUGGAAAAUUCCUGGAAAAAUCCUCUCCUACCACUUCCUGGUGCCUUCCAACCUGGAAUUCCCAAAUCCCAGGAUUUUCCUGGGGUUUUUUGGCCCAGUUUCUGCCCCCAAACACCCACAGGGCUUGGAAUUCUCAGAAUUCCUGCAAUUCCCAGAGCUCAAUCCUGAAUUUCUUGGGAAUUUUCCACCCAAUUUUGGCCAUUCCCAAAUCCUGGGAAGCUCCGUCAUGCUCAGCUCCAGGAUUUUCCCUUCAAAUCCUUCCAUUUCCACCCAAAAUCCAGGAUCACAGAGCUGGAAAAUCCUGAAUUUUCCUAAAAUUCCUGCUAAAAUCCUGUAUAUUCACCAGAAUUCUUCUGUGGGAAUUUCUUUUCCAACAAUUCCACAUUUGUAUCAACAAGAAAUUGAUGGAAUUUUGAGGAUUUAAUCGGGUUUUUCCCUCCUGAGAAUAUCUGGUUCCCCUUUUUCCAGAGGCUGGGAAUGCUGCUCUGGAUCCUGGAACCGAAUUCGAAUAUUCAAAUAUGCAAAUGAGCUGCAAAUGAGCUGUCGAAAUAAAUUUCUUUUUUAUUGCGGAUUUUACAAAAAUAAAUUAAAAAGAAAUAAAUUACCCACCCCCCCCCUUCCUUCCUUUCCUGGAAUUCCCACUCCAAGGAAAAAAAAUCAAAGGAAAAACCAUUCCCGAAUUUCCCCCUCCUCCGAAAUUCCAGAGAUUUUUUUGUUGGUUUUUUUUUUGGGAAAGGGAUGAAAAUUCCCCGGAUUUGGGGCUUUUCCCUCUGGGAAUUCUGUGUUCCAGAGGGAAAUGGGAUCAAAGCCAUUCCCGGGGUUUUUGGGAAAAUCCCAUGGGAUGAGGGCAGGAGGAGGACCCACCCGGAGCUUCCUGGAAUUUUGGGGUCUCAGUUUCCUGGAAUUCCCAAGGUUCCCAGGGCUCCCUUUUCCCGGGAUCAGCCCCAAGAUCUCUGGGAUAUUCCAGGCCAGGUGGGGGGAUUGGGAUCCUCCUCCAUCCACAUUCCCAAAUCUCCAUCCCCAAUUUCCAAA